ACACAGGAAUGUUGCCGGGAAUCUCUCACAUCUGCACAAACAAGACUUUAGCUGUGUCGCAAUCGGCAGCGCCCCCUCCCACUCAGGAAAAGGAAGCGCUUGUAGCCGAGUUACCUGCUGAGGUUGCUGCGCCACUUUACUUUUCCAUGUGAGGGCUGCCCAAUACCGGCUCCUGCCGGCGCCACAGCUAUAAAUUUCUCUGUGCUCAAGAUAGAUACAAUAUAUUAAUUUGUACGGCUACUGCCUUCCACUAUGCACCCAUUUGCUUUUUUUGUUAUUCUGUCUGGACUGGCUGCAUACAAAGCCCAACUUUGCAAGAAUGAUGCUGUAAUGUGUGAAGAGAUUCAGUAUGUGUUGGAUGGAGAGCCAGUUCGCUUGUCUUGUUGUGUGGAUAUAAACAACAGUUCGUACAUAACAUGGUUUAAAAAUGGUUCCCAAAUACCAUUUGCUUCAGAUUCACAAUCAAGAAUACAUGAAAAUGGAAAUGCUCUCUGGUUUUUCCCUGCAAGCUUAGAAGAUGCAGGAUAUUAUACAUGUGUUAUUAAAAAUGUUACAUACUGCACCUGGCUGAUUGUUUUUGAGAACGAGGAAAACUUGUGUUAUAACAGAUCUGCACUGUUCACUAAUGAGCAGUACUUGAAAGCCACCAAAAUCGAUUGUCCAUUUAUACAGGACUAUGUUGAUGUAACCAAGGCUCAGAUUACAUGGUCUAAGGAAUGCCAGCCUCUGCAAAAUGAAGAGAAGUAUUUCGCUUUGGCCGAAACCCUGACCAUACAGAAUGCAGUUAAGCAAGAUGAAGGAUUAUAUACUUGUGCUGUGAAGUUUGAGCACAAUGGGACAGAGUAUUCUUUGAGUCGAACUGUUGAUUUGAAAAUUACAGUAACGGCAGCUUCUCGUUUACCAUUUAUGCGAAAUCCCAGUAACAAUAUUGAGAAAGUGGAGUUGGGAUCUGCCAUAAGCCUCAAAUGUGAAGUGAUCAACAGUGACGAUGUAAUUAUAUGGACGUACAAUGAUUCUUGGGCUGAUGAGGUUGAUGGUUCUGAUACCAGAGUUAUAAUUGGAGAUAUCAAUUUUUCCAUGACUGAGGACAACGAACCAAUGUUUUACAGAUAUCUGAAUUUUACAGAGAUUAAGGAAGAGGAUUAUAACAAAAAGUUCUACUGUAAAAAUCUCAAUACAAUGUCAAAAGCAUAUGUUAUGCUGCAGCGCCCAGAUCCUAAUUUGCAGCCCUUCUUGAUUGCAUUCUUUGUAACUCUGAUCUUCGUCAUUAUUAAUAUUGUAUUACUCGCCAAGAUUUUUAAAAUCGACAUUGUGCUUUGGUAUCGGAGUUCCUGCUUUGCUCGAAAACAUAUCAAAGAUGGAAAGCUCUAUGAUGCUUACAUUAUGUAUCCAAAAAGUCUCAGCGGAACCAAUUCCUAUCCCAUGGACAUCUUUGUACUAAAGCUGCUGCCUGAGGUUCUAGAGGUGAAGUUUUCAUAUCGACUUUUUAUAUUUGGACGAGAUGAAAUACCAGGGGAAGCCAUGUCUGAUGUUGUUGAUGAAGCCAUUUCCCAGAGUCGAAGACUGGUCAUUGUUCUGGGAAGCACUCAAUCCAGCGGCGAUUUAAAGGAUGAAUUUGAGCAGCAAAUCGCAAUGUAUGAUGCUCUCAUUAGGAAUAAAAUUAAAGUGAUUUUAGUUGAAUUAGAAAAAGGCAUUGAUUACUCCAAUAUGCCCGAAUCUGUCCAAUACAUCAAGCAAAAGCAAGGUGUCAUCAGAUGGAAAGGAGAACUCACAGAGGCAAAUAAAAAGUUCUGGAAACAUAUGAGAUACUAUAUGCCCCCAACACAGGGCAAAAACCUGCAGCACUCGGACAGCAAUACUUUCAAUACGUGUUGAUGCUACUGUGGAACUGCAACAGUUCUCCCACACAUGGGAGCAUUUUAUAAGGCUCUGAUAAUCAGAGUUAUUAAGCUGGUCAUAUAAGGGCUGAUAACAUUGCGCUGCACUGGUAAAACGGGUGUAUUUGCUUCAGAAACGCUACUAUAGUUUAUAUAAACAAGCUGCUGUGUAGCCAUGGGGGCAGCCAUUCAGUUUGAAAGAUGACAAAAAGGCUCAGGUGACUUAGUAGAUAACAGAAACGUUCUCAUUGUAUACAGAGUUCAUCUGUUAUCUGCCCUUACUCAUUUUUCAGCUUGGAAUGGCUGCCCCCAAAAAAUCCAUUAUAAAUGAAUUACUUGCAAAAAUGUCAUAUUUUGGUGUUACUUUUCCUUCAAGCUCUUUGGGCUAUGGCUAAUGUAUCAAAAUGGUGCAUGGGCCAUAGCAACUAAAGGGACACAAUUGUUUAAUAUUUGACUUCUACGUUGCAAUCAAUCCAUAUUUAUAUGAUUACUUUUUCUAAUUUAUCCAUUUCACUUCUGUUUGCUUUAUAGUAAAGGGGUGCUCAUAGUUGUUUGCAAUGUCCAAUUAUUGCAUAAGGAUUUCACUUGCACCCCCCUCCCCGCAUAGAGCCCCAUGGAUUGCGUGCAUGUGCUUCCUAUUUUUUUUGUACUUGGCCACAAAUUGCCAAGUCUUAGGAGCAGAUUUAUUAAGGGUUGAAUUGAAAAUUCUAAUUUUCACAUUUUUUUUAUGGUAAAAACUCGCAAAUUGAAUUGUGAAUUAUCCAAACUCAAUUCGAUUUUUAAUUAGAAUUUCCAGAUUUAUCAUACUCUGGCCCUUCAAGAAUUCAAAUUCAAGAGUUCACGUAUAAAUCAAUGAGAGAGGGCCCUGUAGCUAGAUUUCUUGGAAAUAGACCUAUGUAAACCAAAAAAGUGGCAUGCUGGGGUCCUCUAGUGACCAGACAGAGGUAAUACAUUUUACUU